AUGACCCUGAUGGAGAAUGGGACAGAGGUGACAGAGUUCAUCCUCCUGGGACUAACAAAUGCCCCAGAACUGCAGGUUCCCCUCUUAAUCAUGAUCACUCUGAUCUACCUCAUCAAUAUGACUGGAAACCUGGGCAUGCUUAUGCUGAUUCUCUGGGACUCUCGGCUCCACACUCCCAUGUACUAUUUCCUAGGUAACCUGUCUCUCGUGGACAUCUUCUACUCCUCAGCUGUCACUCCUACAGCUGUGGCUGGCCUGCUUGCAGGAAAACAAGUCAUUUCCUAUAAUGCCUGUGCUGGUCAGCUGUUCCUCUUUUCAAUCUUUGCUUCCACAGAAGACUUCCUCUUGGCUGCAAUGGCCUAUGAUCGCUAUGCAGCAGUGUGCAAACCCCUGCAUUACAGCACCACCAUGACCACACAUGCAUGUGCCUGCCUGACCAUGGCCUGCUAUGCUGGUGGAUUCCUCAAUGCCUGCAUCCACACUGGGGAAACAUUCAGGGCCUCCUUCUGUAAGUCCAACAUGGUCCAUCACUUUUUCUGUGAUAUUCCAGCAGUCAUGGUUCUCUCUUGCUCUGAUAGAAAUAUUAGGGAGAUGGUCCUUGUUUAUGCAGAUAGCUUUGUGAUCUGUUCUGCGCUCCUUGUCAUUUUGAUAUCAUACAUGUUCAUCUUUAUCGCCAUCUUCAAGAUGAACUCAGGUGAGGGCUACCAGAAGGCUGUGUCCACCUGUGUUUCCCACUUCACUGCAGUCUCCAUUUUCUACGGGACUCUUAUUUUCAUGUACUUACAGCCCAGCUCCAGUCACUCCAUGGACACUGACAAAACUGUGUCCGUGUUCUACACCAUGGUCAUCCCCAUGCUGAACCCUCUGGUCUACAGCCUACGGAACAAAGAAGUGAAAAGGGCAUUCAAGAAGGCUGUGGAGAAGACAAAAUACUCACUAGGAAUUUGA